UUUUCUGCUACCGAACCACGACACGCUUCUUUUCUUGUUCUUUUGAAAGAAACGCGAUUGAAACAAUGACCGAUGCACGUAGUCAACUUCUCGGCGUGCUCCACGAAGCUGCUUCGCAAGACUAUACACGUAUACGACAAGCUGAAGAAUUGUUGAAACAAUGGGAAAAUGAGCCGCGAUUCUUUGCUACACUUCAGGAUAUUUUCUACGAUCGCACGGUCAAUCACGACGUACGUGUACUCAGUGGCAUCUAUCUCAAAAAUGGCGUCGGUCGCUUUUGGCGCAAAACUGCUAAAAACCCGAUUAUUCCUGAAGAAAAGGCAGCGAUUCGACAACGACUCUUGCAAUUCUUAGACGAGCCGAGCAAAAAGCUGACCUCUCAAAACGCUGUUAUCGUGGCGCGUAUUGCUCGUAUGGAUUAUCCCAUGGAAUGGCCAGACUUACUACCAUCGUUGGUUCAGGCAAUCGAGACACCUAGCGGCGACGAACGAUUGAUCCACGACCGCGCGUUAGAGAUGCUGUACGAAGUACUCCACGAACUCAGCACACGUUUCUUAUCCGCCAGCCGACGGCAAUUCGCUGAAGUUGCACCACGUAUUUUUCAAACUGUAGCCAAUGUCUAUGUUACCUAUACCGCAACCACCGUUUCUACUCUUUCAACAUCAGCAAGCUCAUCCUUGGAUCAGCAAGCAGCAGCAGUAUUGUUGACAGAAAUGGAAAUUGCUUCAGCAUGCGUAAAAUGUUUGCGGAUAUUGAUGGUUAGCGGUAUUCGAGACGUCCAUAAAUACGAUGAGACAAAAACUUUUAUACAACUCAGCAAGCAACGCUUAGAGGAAUACAUGAAAGUGCGAUUACUGCAACAGCAACAACAGCAGUCCUCUUCGUCUACGUCGGAAAAGAUCCAAGAAAUGGUCAAUACAAUUAUUGAGGAUUAUGGUGCGUUGUAUCUAGGAUUACAAAAAGCACACCCUGUGUCAUGUGCGUUGUGUCCAGCUUGGACAGAUAUUCUGGGCUACUACUGGCAGGCGAUUGUGCAUGAAGGCACACGGUUGACGGAUCGCUACAAGACAGGUCAACCUGUGGAUAUACCCGUAUUUGAACAGUUUCUUUUACAGGGUAUGCUACUGGUCAAGGACACAAUCAAGACUGCUGCCCAGAACCUCGAUGGUCCAGGUAAGAUAUAAAUCACUUUAGUGUAUGGAGAAAUAAAUGAAGUACGUUAUUAAAGACAUUUGAAACUAGCAUCGGAAGUACUGUCUGUUACUGAUGAAGAAAAG